UUAUAGUUUGCACUCUUCUUUAUUCCCAUCGUUCCCCUUUUCCGGAAUCGACCACAGGCAGCCCAGCGCAAUGGCAGCGAUACAGAAAUUUCUCAACCUGCGUGCACCGAUCGGGACGUUCGUCCGGGGCAUCAGCACCAGUGUGCCGAGGUUCGAAAUCUUCAAGGUGCAGUCGCCGGAAGAGUUUAACGAGAAAGUUCGCAACAGCAAGGACCCGGUGAUCGUGGACUUCUUUGCAACGUGGUGUGCGCCGUGCCGUAUGCUGACCCCACGGAUCGAAACCGUGAUUGGGGAAAACGAGGGCAAAAUAAAGCUGGCAAAGGUUGAUAUUGACGAGCACACGGACCUGGCGCUGGACUACGAAGUCCAGUCCGUCCCGGUGCUGCUAGCCAUUCGUGACGGGAAGGUGGAGCAGCGGCUGGUCGGUCUGCAGGACACGGACAAGCUGCGAACGUGGGUGCAGAACGUGGUGGGAAAGACGAAAUGAUGCUGAUCCUGCCGGUAGCCACGAUGUGUUGGAGCUCAUUUUCAUCCCUCAUCCAUUAGAUGGAUCGAGUACAGCGUAUGUGUGUGUUUUUUUCUGUGUAUAUGUUAUUCAUUUUUCCUUCCGGAACGGGGAAUGACGCUAUCUUCGUUAGGACAAAAGAAACAAAACAGUGUAAAGUGCGUUAGUAAGCCAACCUCAUCUUUCCAUAGCCUGGAAUAAAGCGGUCACAAAAAGUGUAA